AUGCUGGCCCGUGUGCUGGCCUCUGUGGCUUUGGUCCCCGCUCUGGGAAUGAAGUGCCCAGGCUCCAAGAGCUUUCUCCAUGCAUGGGCUAAGCUGGAAGCCUUGGCAGACACCAGCUGCCAGGAUGUGAUGGAAGAGAUCAAGGUCUUCUCGUUGAAGGACUUCUCCACCAACUACUGCAAUCUCCGGAACCUCUACUGUGGGAGUGAGGAGGGCUGCAAGCCAGUAAAGCAUGACUUCAACAACAGCGAGGUCUCUCUGGACAAAGCACGUUUCGCAGGAAAAGACAAAAGCGCCUGCAUCGUGACUGGGAAGGAAACCCCUAUGCUGCGGGCACAGGUUGAUUUGCUGGGUGACACUGUGGAUGAUACCCUCAGCUGCAUCAGCAGCAACUGCCCGUUGGACGCGGUGACCUUGUCACCAAGCCCUAGCUGCGCCUUGGGCAACUGUACGAGCAACCUGGCGAAGUGCCUUUUCUCCUCCAGCUGCCGCCAGGGUGUCAUGUGCGAGCUGGGCUGCACGGAACCUCUGGCGAAGACAGAGGAUGCUGUGCACUUUGCAUCUCUGAUGGAGUGCAUGCGCGUACAUUGCCCAGGCUUCCCUCCGAGCAAAAGCUGUGCUGCACUGCAUUGUGCUGUUGAGGCCGGCUCCUGUGCAGUGCAUAGCAAGUGUCGAGAGACCUUGGAGUGCGCCGACAAAUGCGUACCAGGCAAAUACACAGCUGCACUGUCAGCCAUGCCGCGUGAAGCAGUGAUUUGA